AUGUUCAUCGGUGGCUUGAACUGGGACACAACAGAUGAGUCUCUGAAGAAGUACUUCACGCAGUUCGGCAAGGUCGAGGCGUGCACCAUCAUGCGGGAUGCUGCUGGCCGUUCAAGAUGCUUUGCGUUCCUCACGUUCGAAGAUCCGGCGUCGGUGAACGCCGUGAUGGUGCGGGAACAUUUCCUAGAUGGCAAAGUUAUUGACCCCAAGCGUGCGAUCCCACGGCAAGAGCACCAGCGCGCGACCAAGCUCUUCAUCGGUGGCUUGCCUGGCAGCGUCACCUCCGAGUCCAUGCGCGAGUUCUUCUCCCAAUUUGGCAAGGUCGUCGACGCGACCGUCAUGCUCGACCGCGAGACGGGCCGGAGCAAAGGCUUUGGCUUCGUCUCGUUCGAGAACGUCAACGUCGAGCCCAUGCUCGGCUUCGGCAACCUCCAGAUUGACGGCAAGCUGCUCGCGCAGCCGCGCUCCCAGCGCGAGGCCUUCAACGAGAACGGCGGCACGGGCGCCGCCGCCGCCGCCACCAACAACGCCGGCGCGGGCGGGCGCAACAACUUCUCCAACGGCAACGGCGCGUACGGCGCACAAAACUUCGCGGGCGGGAACGCCAACGGCGCUGGGGGCGGCGCGGCCGGGGGCGCGAACGGGAACGGCAGGGCGCCGUUCGACCCCCAGGCGCUCGCGCAGCUGUACACGCGCAUGAUCUCGCAGAUCGGUGGGAUGAACCCGAUGAUGGGCGGGAUGGCCCCGGGGAUGAUGAGCGGCAUGGGCGGGGGCAUGGGAGGCAUGGGCGGGAUGGGUGGAGGAAUGGGCGGCGGGAUGGGCAUGCGCGGUGGCAUGGGCAUGGGCAUGGGCCGUGGAGGUCAUCACGGUGGGAUGGGCGGCCAUGCAGGGAUGCAGGGCCCGGGGUCGCUGGGCCCGAACGUGCCCAAAGGCCCGCGCAACGCCGCGCCGCCGACGGGCCCUAGUGGAGGUGUGGGCCCGCAGAGGACGGGGAACCGCAGCGGGCACGGCUACCACCCGUACGCGCGGUGA